AUGGUUUCAAAUGAAAGUGGUACAAUAUCAUAUGAUUAUACAAAUAUUUAUAUUCCUCGUGAAGUUCGAUUUUGGAUAUUGCUUCCUUUCAAUAUUAUAUCACUUGCAUGUUCUCUCUUUCAACUUUUUCAUCUAUUGACGAAACGAAUUUUACGUAUAGCAUUAAAUAAUCAUUCGAUUAUUGCUAUUCUUUUUACUGGACUUAGUAGUCAAGUGAUUGAUAUUCUAUUCUUUAUCACUUAUCUUCGUCUAGGUUAUAUUUGGUUUCAAACACCAAUUUUUUGUCGUUUUUGGUGGUGUGUUGAUACAGAAGCUUUUGCAGUAACUGUCUUUCUCGUUAUGUAA